UCUAACUCAUACUCAUCACAUACAAACAUACAUUACACACUAAGAUACAUAUUCCAUUCGUGUACAUAUGAUCAAAAUGACACAUUCGACGACAACGAUUUCUAAAAAACAAAACCUUUCUCUUUUCCUAAUCGUCUUCUCGGCAAUAUUGCUCGUGGCCAAUGCCAAACCCGCUACGUUCCUCCAGGAUUUUCGUAUCACAUGGUCCGAUUCCCACAUUAAACAACUUGAUGGUGGCAGAGCCAUUCAACUUGUUCUUGACCAAAACUCAGGAUGCGGUUUUGCUUCAAAAAGCCAAUACUUAUUUGGACGUGUUAGCAUGAAGAUUAAGCUUAUACCGGGAGAUUCAGCUGGCACUGUUACUGCCUUCUAUAUGAAUUCGGAUACAGAUCAAGUGCGUGACGAGCUGGAUUUUGAGUUCUUGGGCAACCGAACAGGGCAACCUUACUCGGUCCAAACAAAUGUGUAUGCUCAUGGAAAAGGUGAUAGAGAACAAAGGGUUAACCUUUGGUUUGACCCUGCAGCUGACUAUCACACUUACUCCAUCUUGUGGAACCAUCACCAUGUUGUGUUUUCUGUGGAUGAAGUGCCAAUUAGGGUCUACAAGAACAAUGAAGCUAAAGGUGUCCCAUUUCCCAAAUUCCAGCCAAUGGGAGUUUACUCCACAUUAUGGGAAGCAGAUGAUUGGGCAACAAGAGGUGGGCUUGAAAAAAUAGAUUGGAAUAAAGCACCCUUUUAUGCAUACUACAAGGAUUUCGACAUUGAGGGUUGUGUAGUCCCUGGUCCCAGAUCCUGUGCUUCUAAUCCUUCAAAUUGGUGGGAAGGUUCUACUUACCAACAGCUCGACCCAGUUGCAGCCCGUCGUUACAGAUGGGUACGAAUGAACCAUAUGGUUUAUGAUUAUUGUACUGAUAAACACCGUUACCCUGUCACACCACCCGAAUGCGUUGCUGGAAUAUAACAUACAAUAUAUGAAAUGUAUAUGUAUGGCUAUAUUGACCAUUAUUUCCAUCAAUCGAUCAUGAGAGCAACAAGCGUAUUUUUAUGUGUGUGUUAUAAAUAAAGUCAGUGGAUAUAUAAUUGUAUAUGUACACGAGGGUUGAAUUUGAAAUUGUACCAUAAAAUGUGUUCUAUAGCGUGAAAUUAUUGUAUUUGUAACUUUGUAUUUAUGGGCUUCAAUUAUUCAAAUUGUAACUUUGUAUUUAUGGGCUUCAA